GAUGAUUGUAUCGCCCUCUCCGACUUGCCAUCAGCUGAAUCACAGACCACGCUCGCUUCUGCUCUAGAAAUGGCAGCUGUAGCUCGUUUUUCCAGGAAGGCAAUUGCCUCAGCGGUUGCGAACAAUCAACUCCACCGUGCUUUCGCGACGGAAGUGUCGAAGACGAUCGCGCCCUCACCGGAUCGAGUCAAGUGGGACUAUAGAGGUCAAAGACAGAUAAUCCCGCUCGGCCAGUGGCUCCCCAAAAUCGCAGUCGAUGCCUAUGUUGCCCCUAAUGUGGUCCUUGCCGGACAGGUUAACGUCUGCGACGGGGCCUCUGUUUGGGCGGGUUCCGUUCUCCGCGGCGAUCUCAACAAGAUUACAGUCGGGUUUUGCUCUAAUGUGCAGGAACGGUGCGUCCUCCAUGCUGCUUGGUCCUCCCCAACAGGACUCCCAGCAGCGACUUCCAUAGAGAGAUUCGUCACCAUUGGUGCAUAUAGUCUGUUGCGGUCAUGCAUAAUUGAGCCAGAAUGCAUUAUCGGGCAACAUUCCAUCCUCAUGGAAGGCUCCCUGGUCGAGACCCACUCUAUUCUUGAAGCUGGGUCCGUGGUUCCCCCAGGAAGGAGAAUUCCCAGUGGUGAACUUUGGGCAGGAAACCCAGCAAGGUUUGUCAGAACGUUGACCCACGAGGAGACAUUGGAAAUUCCUAAACUUGCUGUUGCAAUUAAUGACCUAAGCAAGGAACAUUUCUCAGAGUUUCUUCCUUACUCAACAGUAUACUUGGAGGUUGAGAAAUUCAAGAAGUCCUUGGGUAUAACCAUAUGAUAUGAUGCAACCCUUUCUUAUAUUUGCAUUUUGUUUGUUGAGAAAAAUAAAUAUCUCCAAAUGAUAAAUCAUCCUUCAUUUGACAGUUUGUUUUGCUGGGAUCGAGUUAGGAUGAAGUGGAUUUUCUUAGAAUUUAAGAUUAACGUUUAUGCUAUUACCUGGAUUCCUCGUCGGUGGGUAGUUAAAAUCCACAGAUGACUUGUAAUCCCCUGUUGUAUGUUUUACAUACAACAUUUUUAUGGUUGUUCCCAGUAUGGGUUUUUUUUACAUUUUCCAUUUCCGAGGCACUAUUCAAACUUGGUUAAGAGGUUGGCUCUGUAAAUGUUUCAAGGAAUGUUUGAUGACACAUUCCCUUCCAUUGUCCGCUCA